AAUGUGUCCCAAAUUUCAGUGAAGGAAGAGACAUGACCAUCAUACGACAGAUCACAGAUGAAAUUGAAAAAAUCGAUGGUGUAAAACUUCUGGAUGUUGAUCCCGGUAAAGCCACUAACAGAACCGUUGUCACAUUUAUUGGUCAUCCGACAGCUGUGACAGAAGCGGCUUUUCAGGCCAUUAAAAAAGCGUCAGAACUUAUAGACAUGUCUUCCCAUCAUGGUGAGCAUCCGCGGAUGGGCGCUACAGAUGUAUGUCCGCUCAUCCCAAUAUCCGGUAUCAGCAUGGAAGAAACCGCAAAAUUCGCACACGAACUGGGAAAAAGAGUCGGAAAUGAGCUCGGCAUACCUGUGUAUAUGUACGAAUCCGCUGCCACAUCUACCGAAAGGCAAAAUCUGGCAACUAUACGGGCAGACGAAUAUGAAGGACUCCCCGCUAAGCUCAAGGAUCCAAAGUGGUACCCUGAUUACGGAACAAAUACUUUCAACAAAAAAUCCGGAGCAACUGUGAUCGGCGCGCGGGACUUCCUUGUGGCAUACAAUGUCAACCUCAACACCACAUCAGUACGAAGGGCAAAUUCUGUAGCCUUUGAUGUACGCGAAAACGGGCGUGUAAAAACCGAUGAAAAAGGCAAAAAUGUACUCGACGAAAAUGGAGAA